AUGAGUGUUCAAUGCCUAGGGACCACCAAGGCAGGGUCUCGAUGUUCGAGAAAAAUCAACACUGGCAAAUACUGCCAUCAGCAUGUUGACCAGGCUGGCCAGGCUGCCGGCCGUUUCUCGAGGGGCCAAAUUCCUAUGUUAUCACUGAAUCAUGCCCAGGUCUCAACAAAGUUCACAUUGAAUCAGACACUGAACCAUAAAUGUACUUCACUGAACCAUACAAAUUACUCACAGCCAUAUCUGUCUACAAAGAUAUUGAACAGUCAUGGACAUGGGAAUGUUUCGGAUUCUGCGUCAAAAUCUUUAAGACUACUGUCACCACGAUCAAAGUCACCUCCAAAAUCACCUCCAAAAUCACCUCCAAAAUCACCUCCAAAAUCACCUUCAAAAUCACCAGCCAAGUCUCCUUCCAAAUCUCCAACAUAUCCACCCAAAAUCUUCGACCCUCCAAAGUCCCUCGGUCUUUCAAAAUCCACCAGUCCACUUAGAUCGCCUCGGACUGUCGACUACACUAGGCCAGGCUACAUUUACGUCUAUACACUUGCAUCACUAUUGGACGAUUCCAAGGAUGGGUGGCUCAAAACUCGCAACUUGCUGGCCAAAUCAAAGGACAAAGACCGUUGGGUUACUUUCAAAUCAAAAUCGCUGCUGCUUAUCCUAGUGAAAGUCGGAAUGACUACGCAAACCGUAGCCAAAAGGAUUCAACAAUGGGAGUCCAAAUGUCAUCAUAAGCUUGUAUGCCUCCAUCCGGAGUACCACAUUCCUGCUGCACUGUCCGGGUCGUUUUUAGAGCGGUUUAGGGGCUUGACUUUGUCUGCUCAAAAAACAUCUGCUCAGUUUCGCCAGUACACAACGUUCCAAGAUAACAUCAAAGGUUUUUUUGUUCCCAGAGAUGUAUUAAGAGCAGAGAAAGAAAUCCAUGACGAGCUCAAACAAAAGUUCGGCCGAGGAGACGUGUAUUGCACUGGAUGCGUGGAGAAAGGCAAAGCAGAACAUAAAGAAUCUCGACUCUUCGAUUUGUUCAGAAAGAAAGAUUUCAUGCAAAGUGACUAUAACGUCCAUGUGGAAUGGUUUCCCAUUCCCAAGAAUCGGAUCCACGAGGUGUACAAGAUCAUCGACCGUAUCUGCUUACGAUACUUACCAUAG